AAUGCGGUUCUCGCUACUCGUUGCAAUUCCUUUUUUUUCAGUGACGAGUGCCGCAUCAGCUGGAGGCAAGCACAAACUAUGCAAAGUCCGUGCCAGUGGUACGAACGAAACUGACGAUGCUCCGGCGAUUCGAUCUGCGUUUUCUAAAUGCAACCGCGGCGGAACGGUAGAGCUCAGCGCCCCUACGUACUACGUCAACUCGGUAUUGAACAUCACCGACCUUGAGAAUAUACAAGUGGAUAUCAAAGGGAAGCUAUUGUGGAGUACGGAUAUCCCAUAUUGGCUGAAUCAUUCACUACCUGUCGGGUACCAGAACCAGUCGACCGCAUUAGUGCUCUCUGGUAACAAUGUGCGCAUCAACGGCCACGGGCUCGGAAACUUUGACGGCAACGGGGACUAUUGGUAUCAAUGGAUUAAGAAACAACCGAACACGUCUAACUAUCCAGGCCGUCCGCAUCAAAUUACGUUCAACGGCCUGACCAACUCUGUCAUCACAGGUCUUAGUUUCUUUCGGAGCCAGAUGUGGACAAUGUCGAUCAUUAACUCUCACAAUAACGUUCUGGAAGACAUCCUCGUAAACAAUACUGGAAAUGUGGUAUCGAGCUCGAACACGGACGGCGCGAACACCAUGUUUUCCUCUAACAUAACGAUGAGAAACUGGACCGUUUACAACGGCGAUGACAGCAUUGCCAUUAAAGCAAACAGCACGAACAUCUCGAUUCUCGACAGCAAAUUCUACAACGGUCUGGGUAUCGCGAUUGGUUCCAUCGGCCAAUAUUUCGGUCAUUUUGAGACCAUUGAGAACGUUCGUGCGACAAACAUCCAAUACAAGAACACACUGCACGCCUUCUACAUGAAGACAUGGACCGCUGACCAAAAUGGUUACCCACCGAACGGAGGAGGCGGCGGCGUCGGUUUUGCUGAGAACCUGCACUUGAAGAACCUGACCGUGUCGGGACUGAGAGGCGCUGCAUUCGCCAUAAGUCAAUGUACGCGAUUUAGCGGAGCACCUGGGGUUGGUAACUGCACGAAUUCGCAGUUCCAACUUAGAAACAUCGGAAUCGAUGGGAUGGUGGGCGAUAGCAAAUCGAACAGGGUCGCGAGCUUGCAAUGCAGCGCGGAGAAGCCGUGUACAGAUAUCACAUUACAGAAUAUUGACCUGAGACUGUCGAAUGGAACGGCUGCGGACAGUUACCUUUGCGGUAAUGUGGUAGAUACGAGGGGCUGGGCGUGCACUGGCAAGGUGUGCGAAGGUGGGAGUGCGACUGGAGAAUGUUAG